ACCGAACCGAACCGAAGCGGACGGUACCGGAGUUUCCCGAACCGAACCGAAGCGGACGGUACCGGACGGUACCGGAGCUCCCGGGCCGAGCCCUCCCCCGCAGCCGCCCGGAGCGGGACAGGAGCUGCAGGGGACAGACGAGAGCAGAAAGUUGCGGAUGAGAUCUUUUCUCUCUGGCACGGACCGGAGCUGGGAGGGUUCGAGUUCUUCCCCCGGCCCUGGAGACGCCUCGGUGAAUUCUCCCCCGGGCUCGGUAAAUUACUCGGAUUAAAUGAAGAUACCGAGGGCUGAAGGAAGGAAACGCCGCUCCGAGGGUCCGGAAGGAUAUUUUGCCGUCACUGAAGGAACAGACUUUUUGAACCUGCCUGGAAAAUGUCCUUUUUAAUACCAAAAGUCGCGAAGGAAAACUUAUGAUUGAAAUCUUACAGGAAUUGGAUUUCAGCUGUACUUUUAACCUUAAAUAGACCAUGGAGAGUUUGUUAUCUCUACUCUGGUGCCAUUAUUCUUUGCUGGUUUUAUUGCAGCAAAAACAUCAGGUGUAUGGAAACUAUUCCCAGCUACCCAAACACCCAGGGUUCAAAGUCCUGGCAUCAGCUUCCCAUUACUGGCCAUUGGAAGAUGUGGAUGGAAUUCACGAGUUUCGGGACACAAACGGAGCUCUAAGAAUCCACAACUUCACUGUGCUUCCUCCCCAUAACUCUACCUUUGUAAAUACCAAUGACUCUGCCUACUCUAACUUCUCUGCAACCGUAGAUAUUGUAGAAGGGAUGGUGAACAAAGGAAUUUACGUCACUGAGAAGAAAGGAGUCACCUUCCUCUUCUUUGGAAGCUACAGAAAUUCUUGCAUUAGUAAUCCAGAGGCUUGUGGGCCUGAAGGAGUAACAUUUUCCUUUUUCUGGAAGACUCAAGACCAGCAGGCCAAGCUUCUCCCUGCCUCUGGUGGACGAGUGAUUUCCAGUGGUUUCAAAAUCUGCUCAAACGAAGGUGAAGGCUCUGUGGAAUUUUACACCCGUGGGAAUGCAAUGAUGAAGUGGAAAGCAAGCUUUAGUCCACCAGGUCCCCACUGGACUCACAUUCUCUUCACCUGGCAGUCGAGAGAAGGGCUCAAGGUCUACGUCAACGGGACUCUGAGCAGCUCCGACCCCCAGGGGAAGGUUUUCUACGACUACGGGGAUGCGGAGCUGCUGGCGGGGCCGGGCGCGGAGCCGGCCCGGCGCUCCGUGCACGGGGCCUUUGAUGAGUUCAUCAUCUGGGAGCGGGCCCUGACGCCCCACGAGGUCCUGCAGUACUUCACAGCCGCUGUGGGUGUGCAAGUCCUGCUUUCUUCAACACUUCCAUGGUCUCUGAUGACAAGCACUACAAACCCUGUGCUCCCCACCCAUGCCUACCAGCCCAUCCUGAGGGCUCUGGGCCAGGACAGAGGCAGGUCCUGGACGCCCAGCUCGGAGCUGAGGCUGCUGCAGAACGUGUCCCUCAGCCUGCCCCACGCAUCCGUGUCCCAGCACACUGCCCACAGCCUGGCCCAGGCAUUUUUAAAAGCUAUUGAAGACUUUAUGUUGCUGUCCAACUGGAUGGAUGAACCAGAGGGCCCCGUGGUGUUCAGCAGCCUGAUCCACACCAUCGACACGGUGAUGUCUCACCUGUCCAACAACCUGCCCGGGGACUCGCUGCCUCUGACCCUCGAGGGCUCCUCGGCUGUGGCAGAUUACGCUGUGGUCAAAAUGCACCCUCAGACCCUGAAUGUGUCCCACUACCGAUUUCCAUCUCGAGGGCAGAGCUACAUUUCCAUCCCCAGUGAAGCUUUCCAUGGAAAAGCCUGCAUCACCAUCGUGGGCCUGCUUUACCACAACAUGCAUUAUUUCUUCCAUAACAUCGACCCUGUGGACACCAGGAUUGCUGAAGCUGCUGCCUACAAGGGUUCCAUGAUCUCAGCCAGCAGUUAUCUCAUCUCUCUCAAGGUGGAACCUCUGCCCCAGCUGUCCUACAACCUGUCGGGGUCUCCUGUCAUCACCAUCCAGCUCGCCCACAAACUGACACCCAGACAAUACAGCCAAGCACUGAAUGAAAGUAACAGAGUUCAUCUUUACUGUGCAUUUCUGGAUUAUAGCAAUGGAACUGGUGUUUGGUCUAGUGAGGGCUGUGUCCGUGAGAGUGGGGACCUCAACUACUCCGUGUGCCUCUGCAACCACCUCACCAACUUCGCCAUUCUGAUGCAAGUGGUGCCCCUGAAGCUGACGAGAGAACACCAGGUGGCCCUGUCCUCCAUCACUUACAUCGGCUGUGCUCUGUCCAUCCUCUGCCUGACGAUCACCCUGGUCACAUUCGCUGUGCUGUCGUCUGUCAGCACCAUCCGCAACCAGCGCUACCACAUCCACGCCAACCUGUCCUGCGCCGUGCUGCUGGCCCAGCUGCUGCUGCUCACCAGCUUCCAGCUCAGCCCCGCCACGCUGCCUUGCAAGAUAUUGGCCAUUCUCCUUCAUUUUUUCUUCCUGAGUGCAUUUGCGUGGAUGCUGGUGGAAGGAUUUCAUCUUUACAGCAUGGUGAUCAAAGUAUUUGGGUCAGAAGAAAGCAAGCACUUAUAUUAUUAUGGAAUUGGAUGGGGCUGCCCACUGCUGAUCUGUGUCAUUUCUGCAACCUCGUCCCUGGACAGCUAUGGAGAAAGUGGCAACUGCUGGCUCUCUCUGGAGAACGGAGCAAUCUGGGCUUUUGUGGCACCAGCGAUGUUUGUAAUUCUGGUCAAUAUUGGCAUUCUCAUUGCUGUCACAAGAGUCAUCUCCAGAAUCAGUGCAGACAACUACAAGGUCCAUGGAGAUGCUAAUGCCUUCAAAUUAACAGCUAAAGCUGUGGCUGUUCUCUUACCAAUCUUGGGGAGCUCGUGGAUCUUUGGCAUUUUGGCUGUCAAUGCCCACGCUUUAGUAUUUCAGUAUAUAUUUGCUGUUUUUAAUUCACUACAAGGAUUUUUCAUGUUCCUGUUUCACUGCCUUCUGAACUCAGAGGUUCGAGCUGCCUUUAAGCACAAAACCAAGGUCUGGUCCCUCACCAGUAGCUCAACACGCAACAUCAACGUGAAGCCCUUCAAUUCAGACAUUAUGACUGGGAACAGGCCAGGCACAACUCCCACCAAGCUGAACACCUGGGAUAAAAGCAGCAACUCAGCGAACCGCAUUGAUUUAUCAGCGGUCUGACAGGAAUAGCAGCUCCUCAGAGAAAACCAAGCCAUACAUUCAGGACCUCUGACACUGUGUCCACCAGCUUUUCCUCACUGCUCGUGCCAGUAGAAAACUGGGGUUUUUAAAACACUGCCUAAUGAAUUGGUAAUUGCCAUAUUGUUCUGUUGAGUAAAUAGCCCUCCUUGCUUGCCUUCAAAACUGAAACACAUUCUAGCACUUGGCUCUUAGCAAUAUCUGUAAAAAGACCAGCACAAAUAUACACUGGAUGGUUUUGUCAGCAAUGAUGAAAACACUUGGUAUGCAAGAAGGGCUUAUUGCUCUCUGAAUCAUUCCAGCUCCCAGGACUGAGGGAAAGCAACAUACCUCUGAAAAGAUGGACUUUUAUGCUCACAAAUGAAAUGCUUCCCGUUGUGAUGUUGUAAUGACACUAUUCCAGACUUGCUGUGCUCUCUCUGUUUACAUUUAUUACCUUACAGAAUCCAAUUAUCAAAGUGAAGUUGAUUCAAAA